UUCCCAGAACACAACAGAAUUGAUUCUGCCUUUUCCAGAGYGAGUGCUUGCGCUCUGCGCUGCUCAGUGCUUUUGACAUCCUGUCCCCAUGGCAGUGCUGAGCUGGCAGGGCGGAUCAGAGAGGCCCUGGUGAUGAACUCGGAGCYCGGCCAGCACGGCCAUGCCGGGGCUGCAGCAGGAGCAGCAGCUGCUGGGGCUGGGACAGGCGGCGAAGAGGCAAAAUGGAUCUCGCUCUGCUCUUGGCAGCGCUCCUGGGACUCCUUAUUGUCAAGGCUCUUUUGUUUCAGCUGAGAAACCCGAGCUCCCCUCCUUGCAUCAGGAGCUGGAUCCCUUGGUUUGGAGCWGCGUUUCAGUUCGGGAAAGCUCCUCUGGAGUUUAUAGAGCAAGCCAGAAAAAAGCAUGGACCUGUGUUCACAAUAUUCGCUCUGGGAAAACGCUUCACUUUUGUGACUGAGGAAGAAGGAAUUGAAGCAUUUUUUAAAUCCGAAGACUUAAAUUUUGAGCAGGCAGUACAACAAGCUGUCAAGAAUGCAGUUUCUGUCUCUGCAGAAGCAUUUUAUCAGAACCAUGGUAACCUCUACAGCAUGAUGAAGGGGAAAAUGAGUCCCUCUAAUCUGCACAUGUUCUCRGGCACUUUGUGUAAGGAGCUCCACGAGCACAUGGCUCACUUGGGCACGGAGGGCACAGGUGACCUCAAUGAYCUGGUAAGGCAUGUCAUGUAUCCAGCAGUGGUGAACACUUUGUUUGGGAAAGGCAUCUGCCCAACCAGUCAGGGUGAAAUCAAGGAGUUUGAAGAGCAUUUUCAGAAAUACGAUGAGGACUUCGAAUACGCUUCUCAGAUGCCCGAGUGCUUCCUGAGGAACUGGUCUAAAUCCAAAAAAUGGCUUCUAAAAUUAUUUGAGAAAGUAGUGUUGGAUGCUGAAAGAACCAAYCCUUCAGAGACUGCAUCCAAGACACUUCUACAACAUCUCCUGGAUAACUUGCAAGGAAAACAUCUAGCUCCCAAUUAUGGUCUCCUGAUGCUCUGGGCUGCCCAAGCAAAUGCUGUGCCUGUUGCAUUUUGGACCCUUGCUUUCAUACUCUCUAAUCCUGCCAUUUACAAGAAAGUCAUGGAAGACCUGGCUUCUGUUUUUGGAAAAGCAGGUAAAGAUCAACUGGAAGUGUCUGAGGAGGACCUGAAGAAGAUCCCUUUUAUUAAAUGGUGCACUUUGGAAGCCAUACGGCUGAGGUCUCCGGGUGCAAUCACCAAGAAAGUCAUAAAUCCAAUUAGAAUUAAGAAUUUCACCAUCCCUGCAGGUGACAUGCUGAUGUUGUCGCCGUAYUGGGUGCAUCGAAAUCCAAAAUAUUUUCCUGACCCAGAAAUGUUUAAACCUGAUCGUUGGAAAGAGGCAAAUUUAGAGAAGAAUGCUUUCUUGGACAGCUUUGUGGCAUUCGGAGGAGGGAAGCAUCAGUGUCCAGGAAGAUGGUUUGCCAUCAUGGAGAUCCAGCUGUUYGUUGUGCUGUUCCUGUACAAGUAUGAAUUUGUGCUGUUGGACGCAGUACCAAAGGAGAGCCCUUUACAUUUGGUGGGGACGCAGCAGCCCAUGGAACCAUUCCGGGUCCGGUAYAAAUGCCGGGAAUAAAAGUUGUGCAGCACUGACCUUUCUUUGCCAGCCCACGCUGCAUGGAUGGACCACUGAUCUGCUUCCCAAUCCCAGGUUCUCUGCCUGAAGAGUUCUUGAUUUCAUCUUUCAAUGCUGUACAUUGUGCUGUGCCAAACCAGUGCAGUUGUACCUGUGCUCCCAUCCUGGUUGCCCAACCCCCAGUGCUUCAAUCCAAGCUCUCCUGCUGCAUUCACAAUUUGUGGGUCAGUUAUCCACAGACUUUGCAAAUCUCAUAUACUAAACUCACCAACCAAAUAUUCAGGACAAAAAGCUGCAGUGUCUGAAAGUCCUAUGUGGAAGCUGUGCCAGAACCAGUGGAAAAGCAGCUCCCUUGGGCCAGGUCACUGCUUCCUGCAGGGCACUUCAAACCAAGGCCAAAGUGGUGCCUCAUGCUGAGAAAUCACAUAAAUAACAAYGUACAGCUCCCUGGUGCUGGUGUGCACAAAAUCCAGGGCAGUCUGAGCAGAGASCUCUGGAUCAGCUCCACAGCCUGAUAAACUAUGGUGACUUGGGUGUCCCUGCCUGUGUGGGCAGGUGAAGGUCUGGCCUGCUCUGCCUACAACCAGUGCCAACUUCUUGCAAAUAAAAUGCAUUUGUAACAGGAAAAUUGCAAGCGUUUGGAAUCUUGUUCCACUGAAGCACCUAAAAUUGCUGCUGARCUUUAUUUUGCUCCACAGGAUUCAGAAUUGGUCCUUGCAUGAAUUUGUAAUGGGAGUUUGACUGUGAUGUUUGGCUUCCAAUAAAAAGUGAUCACAAGGAAAGCUGUUGCUGCUCAUGAGACUGGUUGUCAAAUAUCUAGAACACUUUUGCUUUCCCUGCCACAUAACUUAGAACAAAUUGCACUAAUCUAAGAAUAUUUAAUCCUAUAACGAAUACCUAGUAAAAGCUGUUUGAAGAAGCUGUCAAGUAARUUCAGAUACCAACACUUUAACUUCUGUCAGAUUUCAUAUACARUAAUAGCUAGCAUGUAUUUUUAGUCUCAAAAGUAAAGAUUAUUCAUCAUUUUAAAAGUAUUUGCAAAAAAAAACCCUCACACAAAUAGACUUUCAACAACAGUACAAACUAUGGGAAUAACAUGCAUAGGAAAAUAACACAUUUUAUAAUUCACUACAUGGUUGGCUUACCUUCGUGAUGGAUAGAACAACUUCAGUGAUUUAWAUGGCUGGAAAGUGAUUCAUCCAACUUUUAAUUUAGCUCAUAACGGUUAACUGUGUAAGAGUUGCAAUCUUAACUGCUGUUUCAGUGUCUCUUCCAUAAGUGAAAGCCAUUCCUUUAGAUUUCAUGCAUGAUAUUACCUCAAAGUGUAUAUUUUAAUUUUAAAAUUUGGAAAUGACCAUAAUAUUUGUAAGGCCAGGCUGGAUGAGCCUUUGAGCAUCCUGAUCUAGUGGAAGGUGUCCCUGCCACGGCAAYCUGGAUUGGAGGAUUGGAACUGGGUGAUCUUUAAGGUGCCUUUCAACAAAAAUCUAUUCUAUGGUUGUAUGAUGAUUUUUAUAAAUAUUUUGCACUUACAGACCUCUGAUCUGCCAGAAAAAAAGAGCAGGAUGAGGCCACUGGUGCUGUUUAUCUGAGUGCUGAGUGUUUCUGUCUGAGCCAGCCAAUGGAACCAUYAGUGCACAGACAUUUUACACGUUUGUGGAUGUGUCUGCAGCUUCACCUCUGUGGGGCUACUGAAUUUAUCAACUCCUGAUCAGUUGAGAAUCAGCCAUGAAAAUAUUUGUCCUGAAAGGCAGGACAUAUUUUCAUUGGAAGUGCAGGCUUUUGGCAUACAGGAAAGAAAUACCUGUUCAUGGCAGAGAGAUACCAAACAAGCAGGUGAAGAAAUGUGGGCCUGAGUGUGGGAUUCUAUCACUGCCCUGUGGUGGAUGACAGCUCCAGGCACUUGCUGUACUUUYCUAGGUGGAAAAAAACAAGGGAGGGGGAUUAGUAAAGCAAUGUGGUAGUCAAGUGAUAGAGCUAAAUGGGGUCUYCCACCUGGAAAUAUCCCAGAAGCUUCUGGGGGAGUGAAAGACUUUCCCAUGGGACAGGGUUAAAUGGGCCUUAAAAGGUCAUCGUGAUAGCCUGURCAGGAGUGGAUUAAGAGUAUCUAAAUUAUUCCUCUUCAAGUGCUUGUCCAAUCUGCUUUUAAAUACAGCAGUGCCAAAUUUCCAUGGGGGAUCUGUCCUCUUACCUGACUCUCCCUGCUGUUAGAAAGCUGUCCUACAUAUGAGUAGCAGGAGUGAGAGUAAGGUUUGAUCUGUGCCAUAACCAC